AACAUCGUCAUUUACGGCUUAAUUCUUAAGGUGCUAUAAGUAUGGCUCUGUGGGCUUACGAUCCGUUGAUGGACUUUUCCUGCAUGGGUUUACCUUGUCCGAGACACCGCUGGAGAUUUCUAGAAGCUGAACCAUUGACGCUUUUGCCGGAAUCUUCUCUUGUUCAUUCACUUUUAUCUCACGGCAUCUUCCCUAGGGCACUGCCCGCUAAUGUUGCCAGAGAAGUUGUUAGUGAUAAGGAUAAAUAUCAGGUGAUGAUAAACCUUGGAGACUUCACACCGAACGAGAUCAACGUGAAACUGCUUGACCGUGAGUUGGAAAUCUGUGCCAAGCACGAAGAAAAGCAGGAUGAAUCUGGUCAUGUUUCUCGUUGCAUUAAACGCCGAUAUUUCCUUCCGCAAAACGUGGAUUUCGACCAUGUCAAUGCGACUAUGUCUGACGAUGGAACUCUGGUUGUCUGUGCACAAAAAAAGCCAUUAGAAGGGGUGAGACAACGUAGCAUUGAAGUUAAACAGUUGCCAUCAUCACAAUCGAAAUCGCAACCCUCAUCAUACGUGUCUGAGAAGACUGAACAGGAAAAAGGCAGAGGUAUGAUUAACAUACCUGUUAGCCACGAGAUAAGCAAGAGUUGAACAAGUCUGAAGUCGUAUUUUGCCAAUAUUUUUCUUG